CACCAAUAUCUUCCCCGCAUUGAUGAUACCCCUUCUCCCUCGCUACUCCCUCGAUCUUCGAUCUUGAGCUACCGGGCAAGCCACACGAGCUCCACCACCGGACGGACUCAUGCACCGAGCGCACCACCACCAUUAUUGCUUGAACUACAGGAGACUCGACGCGUAGAAGCACCAGUAGUAUACAUCUUCCCCGCAUUGAUGAUACCAUCCCCCUCACAGCUCCCUCUUGAACUACAGGCGAGCCAGACGAGCUCUAGCAAACCGAGGAGAAACCAGAAAACCGCCGCUCCACCAGACCACCACCAUUAUCAUACCACACGGAGGAAACUGCCGUGCCGCUCCAGCAGACCACCACCAUUACCAUACCACGGAGGAAUUUGUCUACUGGAGUACGGCGGAGCAUUUGGAAACCGCAUUGAAGGUCCAAGGCAUGGGAGGAGAGUGGCUUGGCGCUCUCUCGGAGGAGGAGGAGCUUCGACGGCGGCCAGAAGUGAGGAUCAUUAACAAGUAUGCAGUCGUCUUUGCGUACAUUUGUAUUGGCCUGAAAGGCCAGAGUGCUCUGGUGCUUUUGUGGGCAACCGUCGUCCUUCUUGGCGGCUUCGUCUCGGAUCUGAGGAGCAUAGAUUUCCACUAUCUGACCAUCAUCGCGUUCGUGCAGGCUGCCGGGCUAUUCGACGCAAUGGGAGAAGAUCGGUUUUUGUUCUUUGGGGUUUGGUUUCACUCUCUUCUACGUAACAUUGUAUCCUGGGGAGACAAGCAUCAUGAUGAACGUACCCAGUUGCCUAUCAGACAAUGGCUGAAGAGACAAAUACAUAUACUCAAAUUAAAAAUAAUAGAUAUCACUCUGAUCGUGAUAUUUUCCCCAGCUAUGUACUUCGGCGUGGGUGGACCAAUUAUUUGUUCUGGCCUGUCUGGGCUUCGUCUAGCAAAGCAAGACUACGGCAUCGCCGACGGAGAUGCAAGUAAAGCAAAUCUGAAGCCGGCGCUGAACUUAUUCUACGGCGUAUCCUUUGCUCAGGGCGCAAUAUUCUUAUUGUGUACAAUGGGUGGAGUCAUUGCUGAGCGAUGGUUAAAUGAUAUUUUAAGCCAACGCCAUGGUUUCAGCCUCAAUGUACUUCUUGGAUACUCGCGUAAAACCAUGCACAUGGGUCUAAAUGACCCCGCUUCCAUAAGGAGCUGGAAUUUGAUCACAUAUGGUGCUGACUUGCUGGAUUCCCAAUGUUCGAAUGACUAUGCAGCUGGAGUACGGAUACUAACCAUGCUGAUUGAUCGUGAUAUACCGUUACAGAUAAGACGGCUGUUGAUCAGAUCACCGAAACAAAGAAUUCAGAAGCUGAUCGGAACCCUUGCUUGGAUAAGCCCAGCCGAGCAAGAGACGAGAUGGCUUGCAGCGACGAUUGUGGAGCAUCUCGCUGCUGACCUCAACCUUGCUCAUUUUCCAGGAGCAUUGGAAUGUGUAUCCUCCCUCUUUGAUGCUACCCAUUUACCAUUUGAAGCUGGGCAAGGAACUAAGGAUCUGGUUUUGCCAGGCUUGAGAAUUCUGCAUAACCUAGCUCAUGAUGGACAUAACUGCACAAUGAUAUACAGCACCAAGGGUCUUCUUUCAAAAAUAGUUGCGCCUCUCAGCUCCAAUGAAUUUGUAGAAGAUAUCAAGAGUAGUGUUGCAUGGACCAAGGUAGUAGACGUAUCACUCAAAGUGGUGACCCGGCUCAUGGGUUCGCCAGGAAGCACAGGCCAAGAGAUGCGAAGUCUAAUUGCAAAUGCUAGUCAUGUGGUCAGAAACCUGGAGGCCGUUCUGGACAUCGACAUGAAGAGUAACAGCAGCAUCAUAUGGCUACUGACGGGAGCUUUAGACGCUCUUACACGAUUAGUAUUGCAUCAUCCAGAAAGUGCGUCUGCAGGAAAACUUAUUGAGAGGGCACUGCACAUAUUUCUUUCAACAGAUUGGUUGGAAGAUUAUUUGAAACAUGAGAAGAACGUGAUGAAAAAAGCUAAGAAAACUGUAAGCCAGCUUAAAGAAUAUGCUGGUUUCGUAUUGGAAAUGUUGUCCAAUCAUCCAGAGGCUAUCAAGAGCUUCACAGUAUGCGAUGAUGACAUCCAUCGUCUUACUGAAUUGCUCGACUGCAAUAUUAAGACCACUGAAUGCAAAAUAAGUGCAACAGAGACAGUGGAAAUAGAUAUCAGCAUUGGCUCUCGUAUUAGCUCAGCAGUCAUCUUGAAGCAUUUGAGCAACUACGUCAAAUUGCCAACCUUACGGAAGGCACUCAGGCAAUUGCUUCCUGUACAACAAGAUGAGGCUUCCACUUUAAAGUGCCACAUCAAGGACAGGAUGAUGCAUGCAGCACUGUUAUCACUCGUCGUGACCAUAUGUGCGAACACCAGUAUUAAUCUUGCAGGAAUCUUGCUUUCGCAGACACCAUCGGAUACACUGGAAGAUUUUGUGGUGAGGCUCAAGAAGAUGGUGGAGGAAAACAUGUACGCCACCCCAACAUGCCUGGCGAUACAGAAGCUUACCUGCCAGAUGGUUACAGAAUUCAUGAAGCAUGAUCGAAACAUCCAAGUGAUUGAUAAGCACAAUAUCGUUGGCACGUUACUGAAGGCUUCAAAGACGAUGGCCGAGCUCGAGAGCAGCAUGCUUUUCGCUGCUGUCAUUCGUGACCGCUACGGGGUUCCUUUGAAGCCUCUUUCAUCUGUUCUCUCCAAAAACACAGAAGAUCUUUUGACACAGAGGAAACAGGCUCUUGGCAUCUACACUGUGCCUGCCUCUGUACCAAUACCACUACCAUGACUGUUGCAUCACGGAGUAUCUCAUUAUGGUAAAAGUACCGAAACAGGUGCAGAGACCGGGAAUGUCAUCCUUCCAUUAUCUAAAAGAACUGCAACCGUUUGUGCAUUAAGAUUCCAAUCCAUCUUCUGCAUCAAGGCAAGAUCCAAGUCUAUAUUGCGCCUGCCAGUGUACGAGUUCAGCAUGGAGCUGCCAACUACUGUCCUGCCGAAUGGCAAUGCAAUUCUCACCCACGUGCCACUUCUGUUGAGACUUGCUUAAUUUGUUACUAUCCAAUGUUGACAUAUUAACUGGCAGAACUCAUCCUGCCAAUGUUGAAUGGUCACUUUUAUCUUGUUGUUUGUCAGUCCAUGCAACUGACAGUGCAACUGCA